CAGAAGAUGACCUCAUCCUGCUCUGUAUCCCUCUCCCUCUCUUUCCUAAAAGACAACCGAGGCUUUUCAAAUGAAAACAAGGCCCUCUUUUGGCCAGUCAGUCACUUAAAUUCGAAUAAUCACGCGGCUGCGAUUGUGUGCCUGCCGUUAUCGGAGAAACGUGCCGCGUGCAAACUUCUCUUUGGCGAGCUUUGUGGAUAUUCCGUGGAAACCAACAGUGGAGUAACUCAGAAAAAUACAUUAAAAUAUUUAGCACUUGAUGCUGGAAACAAGGAUAUCUGGACGGCCAUGGCAGCGAAGCCUUCAGCUUUAUGUAGAAUACACUGCAUUUCAAACCAGUACAACAUGUAGUCUACCACGUUUAAACGCUCGGUUAGCUAUUCAUUUUCGUAUAGCGUGCCAACGAAAAGGUGGUGCCUAUAAUCAAACGAUCUAGUCAGUCAAGUGGAGAGGCGAACAAACUUGUUAUUAUCGAACAUGCAGUCUAAAGUUACGGGAAUCUAUUCUUAAAUGGCAUGCGGAUAAUUUAAACACAUCCCGUAGCCUAUGUUUUUAUGCACGCGCUUGUAUGAGGGAUGGAUUAAAUCGCUUUGGGAGUCAGGGAUGAGAGUUAACCUGCUUUGCCUUUAGAACUUCCUCUUUAACGGGCGCAGUUUCUCUAGCUCAGGGGGUUUUUGGCUAUCCAGUUCUGGCUAUCUUGCGAGCAGCACCACUUGCUGCGUUCUGAGCCUACUGCGGUAGCCUAUAGGCUAUGGCUAAUUAGUCAUUUUAGUAGGAUGUCCCAAAAGCGACUCUUCUGAUUGUACGCGUGCAAGGAAUUUUCAGUUUUCCAGAGCCGAACAGUGUCCUCGCGAGAUUAUUGCAUUGCACGUUUGAAUGGCUUUUUUUUUUUUUACAUGCCAUGGAUAGAACCAUGCAAACAGCACCAGUGUCUUACGGAAUAGGAGGACGCAUUUUCAAAACUGAAUUGGUCCAGCCGUGACCUUACAGUUCGAUCUGUAGCUGUGUUGCCAUGGAGUUUCACUUGGGCAUCGACCGGCUCUUUGCGAUUUAAUCCACCCGACACCACUCAGUGAAUGAAAGCAACAACGUGGGAAAACGCCAAAAAAUCAGCGGAAGAGGGGUGAGCACACUCCCGGGACUAGCUCUGCUCCGGAAAAUUGUCCGUGCGAAUGGGAGGCAGGAAUGGACAUUUUAAAGAGACACCGGCAGGACUGAAAUCAGGACAAGCUCUUAUAAACGUUUCGAAAAUCACUGCCAUGGAUGAGCUUUGACUGGUCCCUGAUAUUCCAGCCUGCUAUAGAGCUAUAGCCCUCCUCUUGGCUGUCCGCCUGCUCAACUCUGAGGGAAAGUAGCAGUUCCCUUUAGUUGUUCGUGGAAUAUGCAGUUGGAUCUAACUAGAGCCGAGCGAGAAAAUGAGCAAUCCGGCGACAUUUAGGUUAAGCGACGCUCCGUGGAUUGGACCAAGAUGUCAUCAGUGAAACGUUGAAGCACUAACGCGAUUCCUAUCUCUCGUAUUUUUAUCUGUAGCAAAUAGCUUCGGACUUUCGAUUUGUUUCAUCCCCGUCCACGACAGCGUUUCGUGUAGGCUAUGUUUAGGGAAGCGUUUCAGAGGUAGUCUUCUCUUCGGAAGAUGCACAGUCGGGGAACUUCGAAACAAACGUGGCGGAAAAUGUAGAUAGCUGGGUAGGCUACUUUUAUUAGAUUGUGAAAAUGGGUGUCACUCGGAUCUGUGGACUUCAUUCUGCCUAAUGGUUUUCUUCAACGUAUCCACGUCGGAAUCCCUCACGCAAGAGCAAUGCUCGCGAUAAAGGAAGCAGGCGUCGCACAGGAAUUUGGAGAACACAUCCAGGCGCCGCGGCUGUUUCGACUGACAAGGUGUUUUUGUUUAUGAAAUCAAUUGGUCCGCGGACUUCAUUAGGGAGACGCACGCACGCCUUGUCAUGGCUGAUUCAACACGGUCAUUUUGCUCGCGUCCUUGCAUGUCCAUGGACUUGAUGUAAGGCGAUAUACCAACAUUAUUGAGCAGCACAGUAGGAGAAGCCUACGUAUUUUUUCUUUUAAAAAAUAUGGCUGAUCAAAGUAAUAUCCAGUCGGCGGCCUCGAAAAGCAUUCGGCCGUUCAAGUCGAGCGAAGAAUACCUGUAUGCCAUGAAAGAGGACCUCGCAGAGUGGCUGAACACGCUGUACGACCUGGACAUCAUGGCGGACACGUUUGUGGAGUCGCUGGAGACCGGCUGUGCCCUAUGCCGCCACGCCAAUAACGUGAACCGCGCGGCGCUGGACUUCCAGCUCGAGUACCCGGAGGCAGCGCAAGCCAUGCGGAUGCCAGGCAAGGACGUGGUCUUCCAGUCGCGCAACGUCGUGCCGGGGUCCUUCCUGGCGCGCGACAACGUGUCGAACUUCAUCGGCUGGUGCCGCCAGGAGCUGGGCAUCAAGGACGUGUUGAUGUUCGAGACCAACGACCUGGUGCUGAGGCGCAACGAGAAGAACAUCGUGCUCUGCCUGCUGGAGGUGGCGCGUCGCGGCGCCAAGUUCGGCAUGCUCGCGCCAAUGCUGAUCCAGCUGGAGGAGGAGAUCGAGGAAGAGAUUCGCGACCAGGAGAACCUCGGCGAGCCGAGUCCGCCCACCAGGGCGAUUAGUCGCAAGGAGAGUGUAGGAGACUCUCCCCCUGGCCUGUACCCCAACUGGCAGCAAAAACGGGUCCUGUGUGACAUGCGCAACUUGGAUGAGUUGGUGCGGGAGAUACUGGGGCGGUGUUCCUGCCCCGCCCAGUUUCCCAUGACGAAGGUGUCCGAGGGGAAGUACAAAGUGGGGGACUCCAGCGCGCUGAUCUUCAUCAGGGUACUGCGCACCCACGUGAUGGUGCGUGUGGGGGGAGGCUGGGACACCUUGGAGCACUACCUGGAUAAACACGAUCCCUGCCGCUGUUCUGCCUUCGCUCACCGGCACCAGCACUCCAAAGGGGGGGGUCCGGGCCCCCACAGCAAGCCCUCCAGCACCCACUCGUCCCGCUCCACGAGCCCCGGCCCCCACUGGAGGAACGAGGGGAUCAAGAACCCCGAAAGGCGCUCCCUAGAGCCCGGCCCCGCCCCCGGCCACGCCCCCGGCCCCGCCUCCUCUACCUCGUCCGCCGCCCGGCUGGGCCGCCCCCAUCGGCCCUCCCUCCCCGUGGAACUGGACGCCAACGCCAACGUCGGGCGGGGCCACGCCCUGCUGCCACGCCCACCCCGCGACCGCUCUGAGCCACGCCACUUCACCCCUCUCAGGACUAAGGACACAUUGCCGCUGGCCCGCAGGCUGUCGGGGGACAGUGACUCCUCCACCUGCUCCUCUAAAGGUGGCUGUGGGGGGGCGGGGGGGCGGGCGUCGCUGGGGGGUGCGCGGCGCCCGGGGGAGGAGGUGGUGCUCCUCGUGAACCGGCGGGAGGGGAAGCACGUGAUCGAGCGUCCCAAAGAAGGGGGGCAGAUCCCGCCCCUGCGCCCCCUCCAGAACCGCGCCCGCAGCCACUCCCGCGAACGCCCCGCCCCCGCCGCCCUGAAGCCCAGCCCCCCCCAGGGGGGACCCGAGGGAGGCCGGGUGGGCCGCUCGGACAGGGGCCGCUCUCUGGGGCCCGAGGGGCCCCGCAGGCUCCAGGCCCCGCGCUCACACAGCCAGGGCAAGCUGCCUGGCCGGGGCGGGGCGGGGGAGUCCGGCCUGGGGCCCCCUCCUCAGAUUCGGGAACCCCAGACCCCCCGCAAGCUGGACAGGGGUGAGGACCUGCGGGCCAAGCAGCCGGCCUCCCCCAAAUUCACCCCGGCGGGGUUUUCCAAGAGACAGCCGGGCUCCGCCCACUCGCCCGCUAAAGGGGGCCCCGGCGGCAGCCCCGGCAAGAAGGGCGGGGCCUCCCCGAGGCCGCCGCCCCCCCGCUCUCCGUCCGCAGGGAAGGGCCGGCUCCUCCCCCCGGUGUCCCAGGCGGGUCGGCGUUCCGCUCACUCCUCCCCCGGCUCCGCCCACCACCACCACCACCACCACGCCCCCCGGUCCCCGCGGGCGUCCCGCGGCUUCCGAGCCGCCGGCCACGCCCGGACGGGGAGGGGCGGGGCAGAGAGGCAGGAGGCGGAGUCUGAGGGGCGGGGCUUCGGCUACCGGCUGCCCAGCCUGGACCCCCAGAAGGAGCAGGACCUGUACCGCAGCUUCGAGGAGGAGUUCCUGGCCAACACCCAGGGGGGUUCCGGCAGGGGGAGCGGGGACAGGGACCUGGCAACCCUGCAGCUGCCGGUCGCUCAGCAACAGCAGCAGCAGGCUCAGGGGCUAGCGGCCCUGCCGCUCCGCCCCCCGGGGGACCCCAACGUUACAGACUCCGCCUACUCCUCCUCCAGCUCCUCCACCUCCUCCCUCAAUGUGGGGGGCAAGGCGGGGGCGCUCCCUGACCUGCGGGAGUCCCGAAAGCUUCCCGCCAACCCCCUGCCCUGCCCCCUGGGGAACGUGGCGGCCCUGGACAACGCCCCCCGCCCCCACAACGGCGGGCCCCUGGAGGGCUGGGGGGGCCGCGGGGGCCGGGGCGGGAAGCUGCCCGCCCUCCCCGGUUCCCUAGACGACGGCGAUCUCCUCUCCUCCCUCAGCAACGUCAGAGACGUGGAGCCCCAGGGCUCCGCCCAGCCGUGGCUGAGCGCUGGGGGGGGCAGCGGGGGGGGCUACGGCACCCAGGGCCAGGACCGCCACGGGGACGGGCGGCAGGGUCGGCUGGACUGGGCCGAGGAGGGGGGGCGCCACCCGGGGUACCGCUUCGAGCUCAGCGACGACGACCCCGACGACGACCUCCCGCCCCCGGAAGAGUGCCCCUCGCCGAUCCCCCUGCCCCCGUCCGAGGACUGCUCCUUCCAGGACUCCUCCAGCGAGAGCUCGUCCAUGUGCGUGAGCCUGAGCGAGCCGCGGUCCAGGGACCCCUCCCCCCCUCUCCCGUCCCCGCCCCCCCCGCCCGCGCCGGCCAACGGGGACGCGGGGGGCGUGGUCCUCAGGCCCAAGAAGGGGCUGAAGAAGCCGGACCGGGUGCCCUCCAUUUACAAGCUCAAGCUGCGCCCCAGGAUCCGGCCUCGAACUGACAACCGGCCCGAGAACAGCCCCUCCCGCAUCCCCACGCCCCUCAGCUACAAGGAGCUGACGGGCCACUCCCCCGCCCACACCCCGCCCCUCUCCCCCCAGGUGUCCCAGCGGGCCAACGGGCACGCCCUGUCCCGCAAGGCCCUGCACCAGGCCCGGCCCCCCGGCCUGAGGGACUGCUCCUCGUCCGUGGAGUCCGGUAGCCAGGACGACGAGGCCUGGAUGUAGCAGAGAAGCCCCGCCCGUCUGCAACGGCGUCUCGCGUUCGGUGAGGAGGACUCUGGGUAACCGCCUGCCUCUCCGGUUUCCCCUUUGCCCGUGCUCUGCGGGUUCGCUCUCUUCUCGAGCGCGGAGGAACGACACCGCAAGGAGAGGAUGCGGUUUCCACGGUAACUAAUCGCUGAUGGAGAGAGGGGACGUGCCUUCGCUCUGUCGCAGAGGGGCACCGGAAUGCUGGGAGGAGAGGAAGCCAUCGCAGUCAGAGAGCCUCGGACUGAAAGCUGUUUUUCGACGAGCGUGCACAGAAUUCCCGUCUCAGGCCUUUUUCCCCCGAUGGGGCUUCCUGUUUGUCAUGCAGGAGACGUCCCGCGAUCUUCCCGCUUAACAUUCCGGGCCGAAUUUAUUUAUUACCAAAGGACUGAACCCCGCCGUUCACCUUCUUGACAACGGAGGGGUUGUGUUUGAUGUUCUCAUCGUGUUGAAUGGCGGGGGAGGGGCUGGGGGCCAUGUCAGUUGUGAUGUCACAAUCCAGUUGAUUCUUGACUUCCAUUGUCUAGAAUGCAAGGUGUUGUCAUGGAAGCCAAUGUCCCCUGUACACUACUGAAGGGCUUGAGAAAGGAGGAAGUUCCUGGGAGCUCUGAUAGGGGGGAGGGGAGGGGGGGAGGUGGGGGUGUCCUCCAGAGAUGCACAAAUAGCAGAUAGCUCUACCCUGUCUGUAUUAGCACGGCUUGUCCAAGAGCUCGCUCUGUCUCAUCGCCAUAGUAACACUGCUCUCAUCACACACGCUGCUCACUCAGCCUCUCCAGGGUGGAACACUGCAGCAGCCUAUCAGGCGCUAGACACAGCUGUUUGUCAGUCAGUGCAUCAGCUCUGUGGAUCACCUGUUCCAGGUGUUAGCACGCGGGUUCCGCUAGCCACACCGCCACGGGCUCUCGCCCACGUUCACUACACAGACGAGCGUGAUCCUGACGCUCCGUUUCAGAAGCCAUUUGAGCCUGUAGGCCAGGGCUGCCCCGCCCUGCUCCUGGAGAUCUGCUGUCCUGUAGGCCUUCACUCCACAACCGUAACAAAGCCACACCUCAUUCCACAGCUACAGCAGGGCUGCCCAACUCUGCUCCUGGAGAUCUACCCUCCUGUAGGUUUUCACUCCAAAACCCUAACAAAGCCACACCUCAUUCAACAGCUAGAGAUCUUGUUGAGCUGCUGAUCAGUAGAAUCAAGUGCGACAAGUUAGGUCUGAGAUGGAAACCUACAGGGACGGUGGAGCUGCGGGAACAGGGCUGGGCAGCCCUGCGAUUGGCCGUUUCCACACACGGGCUGAUCAAACACUACGUGUUCUGCGCGCGCACUGCUGCUCGUGACUCUCUGCCCGACUCGAGCAACAUUGUGUUUCAGUCGGUCUGAGAGACUCCGCCCCUGCUUCCGCAACGUUCCGGUCCUUUCACAUUUCUGACGGAAGUCGCACGUCGUACUCCGCGGUCGACCACAGUGUCGGCCGCCUGUGGGGAAUAAUUCGCGUUAUUUUAAUUCCACUAAGAAAGCUUUUUUUAUUUUAUUAUUUUUUUUAAAUCAUUUUAAUUUUUAACAUUUCAUUUAUGAUUAUUUCUAUUGUUUUUAAUGCAGUGUUAUUGUGGUGUGUGGUCAAACUAGUGAUGCAGAAAAAAGGAGUUCACACAACAACAACAAAAAAAAACACUGAAAAGUUCUUCCAACAAUCAAUUUGCGUUUGAGGUUUUCCCAAACACUUUUCCAUUAGUUAUUAGCAGCUGGACUCACCGGGGGAAAUUAAUAAAUCAGACAAUAUUGUGUACAUAACUUGAAUAUAAAAUGUGUGUAUAUAUGCUGUAGGUUUCAGUGUGUUAACGCUGCUUGAGCUAUGCAAUACUGCUGUUGAAACGGUUGCCUUGACAAUUCCCUUUGCCUUAAAGAGUGUGUGCGUAGGUUGGUGGGUGUACGUGAAUGAUGGCGUGCUCCAAAUGCUCACGAAACGGACACCUCUUGCACAGACAGAGUCGGGGCAGAACUGCGUUUGAGCCUUUGAAAGUGAAUGUAAACUUUGCCUAGAAUGGCUAUCCCCACGUGAUGGAAGCAUGCAUGCAAGAACAAGCACUUGCAAGCAUAACUGGCACAUAAUUAUAUAUAUAUUGCAUUUAAUCGACUGCUUGCCGAUAUAGCCUACUGCGAUCGCCGAACAGAGCGGCACGAGGACCGUCUCAAAUGGUUGGAAUGUUGUAACGGCCUCGAGACAGACAGAAUGUACUUGGCCUCAUUAGCACGCGGUCAUGGACGCAGCAUAUGGUGGACACACGCAAAAACAAGAUGUCAACAGCUUGGCCAGAAAUGAGAGAAAAAAUACACCCGUCAGUCUGCCCUCUGACCUCGGCUAAAAUGAGUCGCACGAAGUACACAUGGUAAUUGGAUUAAAACCGCAUAGUUAUCUAUGGCUGCGAGCCUUGUGCCAUGCUUGACAGCUCUGCAGUGUUUAACUGGGGUUCCACGCUGACACCUUGUGGCUACAAUUGGAAUUUGUAUAGCAAAGAUUCUUAUUUCCACUGUCAGUAAAAUUAAAGGGUUUUAUUUUAUUUUAUUUACAUUUUUUGAAGGAAGGAAAAAAAGAAUUCCACCUUUGUGUUCCGCAGUAUUGUUAGCAGAUGGAGAGUAGCAGAGUUUUAAGCAUGUCACACUGUCACGUUGCUGGUAGGACGUUUGAUUAAUGGAUGCGUGGACCUCGUCAACAGAACGCUGUCGUGCUCUGGUGCAGAAGAUGUCUUUGUGAGCCGUUCGAAGCACCCCCGAUUGACAGCUUCCGCGGCACCAUUUGUAGCUGCAGAAGGGGUGUGAGCACUUUAACGGAGAAAGUCCGCGUGCGUGAAACUGCCGCGCGGUCGGGCUUUCCAACGCGAGCACCGGAUGCGUCUGUCACCACAACUCUUUCAAAGGGACCAUCCUCCGGACGGUGCCCGUGGAGUUAAAAGCACUUCGGGGUUUUCGUUCUCUUGUCGAAUGCCAAUCGAGUGAAUGAGUCUGAUGAUGUGUUUUGUAACAUACGGAGAAUGUUAAUGGAACGAAAGGCGAUUUGGAUGGUUUAUUUAUUUAUUUAUACAUUUUAAGUCUUUUUGGCCAUACGUGACUGCUGUGGCUGCAAGUGAAAGUGCAUGAAAAUGUAAUUAAAGUGGGUGGAAGGGCUUUGAAUGAAUGUGGAUAAAUACUCUGAUUAUUGUGUGGAUUGUGGAGCAGUUGGGUAACCUUGCUGGUCUCUAAUGUAUAUAGUGAUAUCCACUUACUUUUUUUUUUGGAAAGGUUCAAGGAACAUAUACACUCAAUUGCAGAAAAAUGCAACUCCAGUUUUAGUAUUGGUACGCUGAAGUCUUGCGUGUUAUUCUCGUGCGUUUCUUCUCGCUGCAAGGCUUUGGUUGCAUAUCUCUGCGCACACUUCAGGUAUCCAUGUGUUCUCACAAACCAUUCCACUAGAUGGCGCUGUCUCACCGGAACGUACAAAUCCUCGUUCGUUCUUGUACCGUUUGAGGAAAAACACAGCUCACGCAAGUAUCCAGGUCUGUUCCAGGUUGAAACGUUUAUUUGCUCGACACUCUCUUAUUCCGGGUGGUUUAUGCAGCUUUUAGUUUUUAUAUCUUAUAAAUUUAUGAAGCUUAAGGGUUCCACAGCAAUGUCCCACUUGAGAUUUUAACCCUCCCGUCUUUGCGAUGUCUUUCCUCAGAGGUGAGCCUGAGUGUCUGUGUUAGUGUUGACACCUAAGGGUGCCGUCCACUCUGACUGUACUGUAUCCCGCAGAGGAGUGGCCCAGCCGUCUUCCAAUUGCAUUUUUGUUUCCUUUUAAACUGUGUAUGUUUUAAUAAACAUAAUGGAUGCUCAAACAUUCUGUUUUUAAACUGUUCAUCAUUUUGGAAUGUAUAGCAUGCAAGGUAUUGUUGGUUGCGUGGUCUCAAAAACAAUUUUAACAUUUUAAAAUGUACCUUUCAGUGAAAGAAGACUAGAUGGAAGCAUGGAAAUGUCACUUGGACAUUAAGCUUCUCAUUGCUCUGUUUUUUUUUUUUUUUUUUGAUGGUAUGGGAUGGUGUUGAUCUACAUUUUCAUGGUAUUGCACAGGACUUGCCAGCCAGAUCAUGGCAAUGUGAUAAUGGUGGAAUGAAUAUGAACUCUCAGAACGUGUGUGCAUUUGACUUCUAGGUUCUUUGUGAUGUAUGUGUUUGUUUGCUGAUGUUAAACACACUCCGUUUGGGCAGAGUAUCUUCCAAGGUGCUUUGACAAUAUAUAUAUAUAUAUAAUUUAUUUGUUUUAAAUGGCAGUAUGGAAACACCAAGAAGUUACUGUUCCUUGAACUUCUAUUGCUGUUUAUUUUGUCCUUGUAAUAAAUGUUUCCCCCCCAAUCUGU